GGGAGCGGCAGAGUGAGUGACGUGCGAGGCGGAAGCGGCGCGGGCCGCUAUGGGGGGCUCGGCCAGCCUGCUGCCACGGGAGACGCUGGGCGAGUACCAGGAGCUGACGUUCCUGAGCAAGCAGGAGAUCCUGCUUGCCUACAAGAGGUUCAGUGAACUGCUGCCAAAGGAGGAGAGGGAGAAUGCCUGCUCCGCACGGGUUCCCAAGAGCCAGAUCCUGACGUUGCCAGAGCUGCGGGCAAACCCCUUCCAGCACCGGAUCUGCCGGGUGUUCUCCACCUCAGAUGACAGGGAUGACAGCAUGUCCUUUGAAGACUUCCUUGAUAUGCUGAGCGUCUUCAGCGACUCUGCUACCUCAGACAUCAAAUCCCACUAUGCCUUCCGCAUCUUUGACUUUGAUGAUGAUGGGACUCUGGACAGAAAGGACCUGGAGAAACUAGUGAACUGUCUGACGGGGCAAGGCGAGGAGUCCCGGCUGAGCAACACAGAGAUGGAACAGCUCAUCCGAAACAUCCUGGAGGAGUCCGACAUCGACAAGGAUGGUACCAUCAACCUCGCCGAGUUCCAGCACAUUGUCUCCCGCUCCCCGGACUUUGCCAGCUCCUUCAAGAUUGUCCUGUGAGAGCCCUGCAGCUCUCCAGCAGGACGGCUCCUCCGGCUGUUGCAGCUCUUCAUGGUCGAAGACGUUUCUUCUUUCAGUGAGCAGCAGAGGCCCCCGCUCCUCACCAGCCUGGCAGUGCCACACAGUGCCUUAGGCAGGACACCCUCCUGCUCCCCAUUCAUGCCCGACAGGCGAGAUGGCAGAUGUCUCUGCAGCCUGCAGCGGUGGGGCCCUGGGAAGCUGCCUUGCUUGCAGCCACUCUGCUAUCCCAGGAUUGGAUUUUAACUUCUUAUGCAAACCAAGGGCAGCUCUGUGGGUGGGGGGAGGUGCACAGAGGUGGUCCUGGCUGGGGGCCACACUGCAGCAAGCACAGCUCCUCUCUGCCCUCAGUACCAAUUCGUGCCUUCCACUAGCAGGCAGGGAGCUGCCUCCCCCCGCCAAGUCCCUGCCUGGCUCUCCCCUCUUCGCUGGGGGCGUCCCUGCUGCAACACGGAUACAGUUCUCUAAGCAAUAACCCAAACGCGGAUCUGUUUCUCUAAGCAAUAACCCAAACGCGGAUCUGUUUCUCUAAGCAAUAACCCAAGUGGCACUGUAGAUGUGCCAUCCUGGCAGCAGAGCUGUCCUGCCACAGCUGCACAAGACGCCUUCCUCCCCUGACCAGCGCAGCACAGCCCUGCAGGCAGCCAGGCUGACCCUGCACUGCCUCGGCACUGACAAUGCUUGGGGCCUGCUCUCUUUUUCGUCCUCUUUUCCUCUCUGCCCCCUCCUCUGGCUCAGGCUCAGCAGCUGCUCUGCCUCCCUUGGCCUCUUCCUCCCUCUGCUCCGGCAAGGACACAAAUA